CUAGAACUGACCCACAGUUUAUUGCUCUGACUGAACCAUGUGGAGCACAAUGAUGGACAUCAACACGAUAUUGGUUUUCCUCUUCUCCUUCAGUUGGAUCACUAAGUCAGACUUUGACUUUCAGUCGGUUCUGGUUCAGCCUGGUGACGACGUCACUCUGCUCUGCCCCAACUUAACCAACGUUUUCAAACGCAUUUUCUGGUAUAAAGUGAUCCCUGGACCCAAUGUCAGCCGCAUCUCAUCGAUGCGUCAUGUUGGAUCUGAAGCUCGUCUAUAUGAUGGAUUUCAACGUGAGAAAUUCAACAUGACGUCAAACAGCACAAACAUCUUUCUGAACAUCAAACAAGUGAAUUUCUCAGAUUCUGGACUUUAUAUCUGUGGAAUCAUGUCACAAAGUUGUCAGAAAAUCUUCAGUGAAACAUAUUUACAAGUUAAAGAUGGACUGGAUGGAGUCAACCUGCCCACUGUCAUUCUGGGAGGUGUAGUUUUCUUCCUGGUCAUAAUCAUCCUAGGACUGGUUUUGAAAACCAAACCUUGUCACACAGGUCAAACCAACAGACAGAAUCAACAACACACUGAGAAUCUGGACUCUGAUUCUGUGAACUAUGCAGCACUGAAUUUCAGACCCAAAGCAAACAGGAAGUGAAGGCACAGAGAGAGA